AUGGGCGGCCGCCGAGCCACGGCAUCCAAGCGGAAGCCGCCCGCCUCGGCCGGCGGUGCCGGGCGACAGCCUGCCGGAGGACCCGCCGCCGCCGCCGCCGCCGCCGCCGGCCUGGACGACUACGACGACGGCGAAGACAACAGGGACAGGGAACGAAAGCAGCAGCUGCAGCAGCAGCAGCAGCAGAAGCACCACCAGCAGCGGCUGCUCAACGUCUUCUCCGACGCGUUCGCCGCCGUGCUGGCCCGGGAUAGCUUCCCGACCAUCCUGCAGGAGAUCAAGCAGGCGCUGUACAACCGCGACUUUGCUGCCGCGUUUGGUCGCCAGGACUACCUGGAGGCGUAUGCCGCGCGAUGGAGCCCCACGAGGGCGCUGUGCUAUGCCGCCGUGUUUCGGGGCAUCAGGGGCCAUCUCGAUGCCGUCGUGGCGGUGGAUGAGACGGAAGCCAUGCCGUCCCGUGAUGCUGCCGCGGAGGAGGUCGAAGAGCCGAGCGCCUCAGACUACGGCGCAUCUCCUCCCGCGCGACGCCUCAGGAUGCUGUGCUUUGGAGGCUGCGCCGCCGAGCACGUCGCCUUUGCGUCCUACCUCCGCGAGACGGCCUCGAGCGGCACCGUCACCCUCGUCGACUCGGCCCCCUGGUCCCAAACGGCAUCCCUCCUGCAGCAGCACCUCACCUCGCCCCCUCCACUGUCCAAGUACGCCUCCGCCGCCGCCCGCGCCGCCAACACGGCCCUCCUCGACGACGACUCGCAGCUGCGCUUCGCCUUCUGCCAGGAAGACGCCCUCUCGCUGGGACGGGACCGCCUCGCCGAGCUGGUCGUCGGCGCCACCGGCACGUCGCAGCAGCAGCAGCCGCAGCGGCCCCUCGUGGUCACGCUCAUGUUCACCCUGAACGAGCUGUACACGGACGGCGGCAUCGGCAGGACGACAAAGUUCCUGCGGCUGCUGGGCGAGGUGCUCCCGGAGGGCAGCCUGCUGCUCGUCGUGGACAGCCCCGGGAGCUACUCCGAGGCGGCCGUCGGCAAGGAGGACAAGAAGAAGAAGUACCCCAUGCAGUGGCUGCUGAACCACACGCUGCUCGGCACCGAGACUGUGGGCUACACGUGGGAGGGCAUCGAGUCGGAGGAUUCCAUCUGGUUUAGGCUGCCGGAGGGCCUGGACUAUCCCAUCCCGCUGGAGAACAUGAGGUAUCAGAUGCAUCUCUACAGGAUACACAAGUCGAAAUCAUAG